CUCACCAGACCACAAGGAAUUGAAGCCCAAAUCGCUGAAAUCAGGUCUCUUGGAUUGCUCGCUGCUUUUGCAAUUGAAGAUUGAAAAGCCUUCUUUCCGCGACAAUUGACUUACGAAUUCAUCUUCUUCAUUUCUAGUAGUCGCAGCCUUUCACUGAUCGGCUCCCACUUCUUGCUCUCCAUCUCACAUCGCAAUGGCAGACUCCCGAGUCUACCGUGCGAGUACGACCGCCCCAGUCAAUAUCGCAGUGAUCAAGUACUGGGGCAAACGAGACGCCAAACUAAACCUCCCCACGAACUCCUCCUUAUCCGUCACUCUCGCCCAAUCCGAUCUCAAAGCGCACACCACGGCCUCCUGCUCCCAAGCCUUUUCCGACGACGACAGCUUAAUACUAAAUGGGGAACCGUCCCCUCUUACGACGCCGCGAUCGCAAGCAUGCCUUGCUCGUCUAAGAGCCUUACGCAAGAUUCUCGAGGACCGAGACAAUUCCCUCCCCAAGCUUUCGCAAUGGCCGCUUCGCAUCGUUUCGAUCAACAACUUCCCUACUGCAGCCGGGCUUGCCAGCUCCGCCGCUGGAUUUGCUGCCCUCAUUCGCGCCAUUGCCAAUCUCUAUGAGCUGCCUCAGUCACCCACCGAACUCUCUGCCAUCGCACGACAAGGGUCCGGCUCGGCUUGCCGCAGCUUAUUCGGAGGAUAUGUGGCGUGGGAUGCUGGCACUGCUGCCGAUGGGAAUGACAGCGUCGCCGUGGAAGUUGCGCCGGCAUCGCAUUGGCCGGAGAUGCGCGCUCUGGUCGUGGUCGCCAGUGCCGAGAAGAAAGGCGUGCCCAGCACGGCCGGCAUGCAGCAGACGGCCGCCACGAGCACGCUCUUCCCGCUGCGUGUGGAGAAGUUGGUGCCGGCACGGAUGAUCGCUAUGAAGGAGGCGAUUGCGAAGAAGGACUUCGCAACGUUUGCGGACCUGACGAUGCAGGACAGCAAUAGUUUCCAUGCGGUGUGCCUGGACACCGUUCCCCCUAUCUUCUACAUGAACGAAACCUCCAGGGCCGCCGUGCGUCUUGUGGAAGCCAUCAACGAACGGGUAGGCAGGAAUGUCGCCGCAUAUACUUUUGACGCCGGGCCAAACGCGGUGGUCUACUACCUGGCGGAGAACGAAGGGCAAGUUGCGGGGGUUUUCAAGUCACUCCUCGGCGAUAAGGAUGGUUGGGCAGGGGAUAGAGGGACACAGGUCCAAGAAGCACCUAUAGAAGGCCUCGACGAACGUGUGGUGGCCGUGUUGAAGUCGGGAGUCAGCCGAGUGAUAUUGACGGGCGUUGGUGAAGGGCCUAUUGCAACAUCGGAUCAUCUUGUUUCAGAAUCCGGGCUUCCAACGCAAUAGAGAUUUUAUCUAGAGCAUGUUGGAGUUUUGAAGCAUGUUUAGGUUAAGUCUUGGCCUUCGGAUACUCCGUACGCAUUUUGAUACAAUCCAUCAAGACGUUUAAACCGAACUGCUCCCCGAUACAUGUGAUGGAUGGACGUGAUUACAUACGUAAUGUACAGAUAGUUGAUUUGUAAUUGAAUUAUAUAACCGGG